AUGCGAACACAGUCCUUCAGCGGGCACAGUCUGAGUCGUCCCCUGAUUUACGUCACCGCAGCGUUCCUGGCUGGCUGGCUGCUGGCGUCGCGCGGCUCCUUCUCGAGGGAGACCAUCCGCCAAGCUCACUCACCUGCCGAGGAGGGCGUGAGCCUCGCGCUCGGCGCGGCCCAGCACGGAACGCCUUUCCCCGUUGCCCACAAGGGCCCAGCGUGCAGCACGGACUACGGCAUCACGAUCCAAGGCCCCUGGUACGGUCAGACGACCGAGACAAUCAUCAGGCACUACUUCAAGCUACACCCGGAGGUCCCGAUCGUCUUUGCUCACGUCGGGGCAAGCGAGGGCGAGCGCGAUGCUGCGUCUGGCGCCCAGGAUGCCUGCGAACGGCUCGCGCGGGAGUUCCCGUGCUUCUCUCACGCCAUUCAGCCUGAUAAGUGCGAGUCGGGGUACCGAAACCGCAACCGGAUCCGCGAGUCCAUCCACUUGGGCUCCAAGAUCCUGAAGGAAGAGUUCGGCGUGACGUGGGCCGCGCACGGCCGCGGGGACCAGGCGUUCGUCGUCCCGGGGUGGCUGCAGAUCAUGCGGCACCUGGUAUCGUCCAACCCGCUCUCGAGCCGUUCUCAGGGCGACCAGCAGUUCAGGCUGGUGACCACAGCGCGCACCAAGGUGGACAACUACUACGGGUGGGGGCACAUCGACGACAUGUUCAUGUUUGGACACGUGGACGACCUGAUGCUGUACUACGACACGCAGUGGGACUUGUACGACCCGUGCGACAAGUGCUCGCCACACCUCGACCACGACAAGGUGACGCACAAACUCCCUCGGGAGGACUGGCCGUGCGUGCCCUCGGAGUCCGAGCACGGGCAGAUGUUCGUGCUGCGCCUCGGCGCCACCGCGGAGUACCCACAGACCGAGGAAGGGAUGCUGAAGCUGCUGGCAGAGCGGUUCGUCGUCGUCGACAACAACAACGCGCUGGGGUUCAACGUCUGGGCGUUCCACGGCCUGACGGGGCUCACGGAGGAGCAGCUCGUGAGCGGCUGCCUCGACGUGUCGGAGGUGGUGCACGAUCACAGCGGGCCGUGCAUCAACUGGAAGACACAUGCGUGGAUUCACCCCCCGGACACCUCCGAGGAGCACUGGACCUUCGUGGCGUGCAAGUGGACCGGGACGUACGUGUACCACUGCGAUCCGAACAGGAAUCUGCACCCGCGGACCCCGGGGGACCCAGUGGCAAACAAUGGUCUGUGGGGCACCCACACCAUAGACCGAUAG